AUGAUUUUAUAAUUAAUUGAUUUGUAAAUAUUUUUCAUUCAAAAGUAAGUUUUAAAAUAGUAAAUAAUAAAAUAUAAAAUGGCAUCUAGAGGACAAUUAUAAGAUGGCACAUCUACUAAACGGUCUAGACCAAGCAAAACUUAGCUAAAAUCAGAUUCUUAAAUGCCACUAUAAACUUAACAAUAUACUUAAAAUAUGGUUACAUAAUCUUCAUAAAAUAAUUUGCCAACAUAUUCUUAAAAUAUGUUAGAAAAUGAUAGUUCUUUAGAAAAAAUGAUAAUGGAUAUGAAUUUAUAAAUGCAAUACUUAACAGCAUAAAAUGAAAUAAAAAAUUAGCAGAAUGAAAAUAUUAUGAGAAUGUAACAAUAGAGAAUUAUACAGCUGUAAUAAAUGUGUGAAUAAAUGAAGUCUGAAUUAGAUUAAUUUAAGGAAGGGAAAAUACAGUAAUUAGAUAGAAAUUUAAAUAUGUAGUAAGGAUUGUCUCAUUUAGACAUGUUGAAUGAGUUUGAGAUGCUCUCAAAAAAUACUCCCUUCUCAUAUAAGUAGUCUUUUAUAGAUAACUCAAAAUAAAAUCAGCUAUAAGGUGGAGAUUCAUUAAAUUAAUUUAUGCAUUAAUUUAAUGCAGGUUUUACUCCUUAAAACACUAUUCAGAGAUAAAUACCUCCUUCUUAACAAUCAUAUAAUAGAUAAUAAUAAUUUUAAGAACCUCGAUUAAAUUCAAGAUAAAAUAGUUAUAUAUAGCCAAAUAAUCAUUUUAAGAGUGCAGCAUCUUUGGCUUUAAAUUAACCACAAAAUAAUCAGUUUUAUAACUAUGAUCCAUAAACAUAAGCUUAGAACAUCCCGAUUCAAUAAUAAAAUAUGUCUUAAUAAAAUUUCAACAAUUAGAAUACACAUAAAAAAGAAAGUAAAUUUAAUCCUAUUAUAGAUAGGAUAGAGCAACAAAAUGAAAUGUUAAUGAAAAUGAUCUAAGAUAUGGAUGGAAAAUAAAAUAAAGGAAAAAGUAAAAAAAAGAAAAGGUCUGAUGAAUCUUCAGAUGAAAGUGAAUAUUCUGACAUAUAAGAAGAAAAGGUAUCCACUGAAACAAAAGAAGAAUAAAAAUACUUAGAAAAAAAAAUAGAAUAAUUAGAAAAUUCAAUAAAAUAAUAAAAGUUGUAAAAUCAAUAUAUGAUAGAUAAUAAUAUUUAAAAUCCAGAUAUGCAGUAUUUGAUUGAAGCAGCAAAUCAGAGAAAAAAUUCAUUUAAUUAAUAAAAUCCUCAAUAAUUUGCAAAUAGUGUAUAUAACUAAUAAUAGUUCGGAGCUGCUUAAAUGCCAAGUGCAUAAAUUUAAAAAAACUCAAUUUAUGCGAACCUCCCUACUCCAGAAUAAUUCUUAUCAUAAGUUAAUCUUAAUUAAUCUAAAUUUUAAUAAAAUCCUUCCCAAUAAAUGAAUAUACCUCCAAACAUAAACCCACUAAGUGGAGGUCUUGGGAGACCCUAAUUUAUAAACGAAAAUUCUUAGGUCCCUCAUCCAGACAUUUUAUCUAAAAUUUUCUAAUAAUAGCUUUUAAAUUCUAGAAAAAACUAAAUUUGA